AUGGAAGAAGAGAUUUCAGUAAAGCUUAUUUCAGUCUCCGACCUACUCCAUCGUCUCCACCCCAUCACCGGCGCCUCAUCUCUCUCUCUUCGCCGUUCGAGUCAUCGUUCCACACUACAUGAAGACACAACUCAGCCGUCCAAUCCACAGAGCCCUAAUAACUAUAAAAUUCUUAAGCCUCUUGACUACCCAGCAUUACUCAUCGGAACCCUAACCCUAACCUCACCUUCUUUCUCUUGUUCUAAUUCAAGUUGCCUUAAGUUUUCUGACAAUUCCGCGGCCGUUUGUUGCGACAUUCUUGACCUUGAUCUUCGGGUUAUUGGGCAAAGGAUCCGAGUUGUUGCGUGGAAUUUCCUUCCGUUGAAACCUCACGGCGGAUAUCUUGAAAUUAUCAGGUGGACUCUUGAUCAUCCUGAAAAAGACUCUAUAUCGAAUUUUAAUGCAUUUUAUCUGGACUCUCUAUCGCCUGCCUAUGAACAAAGUAGAGUUCCUCGUCAUUUAGUUUACGGCUUAUUGGAAUCGGUUAGCCCUGUCACAAAUGUUCCCUGUACAGCCAAUAAAAGCGGUACCAGAAACCUUAAUGGGUUUCUUGCUGAGAUUACCAUAUGCGAGUGCAAAUUAUGCUGUACCAGGGACAGUGUAAUGUUAUUGCAAGAUAUAACUGGGGAACAGAAUAAUGGUCAUAAUUUUUCGAAACCCAAGAUUCUUUACUUUUGCGGGUCUGCCUUUAUCUGGUAUCCUGCCAUUUCUAGGCUGGUUGGAGGCAAUUUGUUGAUCUCUGGUUUGAAGAAGAAGAUGGUUUUCCUUGGACAAGGGAAGUCUUUGAUGAUGUAUGUGACCACAGAGAAAGCUAUGAUCCAUCUUCCAAUGUCUCCGAGUAAAAGUUCCUUGAAUAGAAGGAAUACUACUACCAGAGAGAAGGGGCUAUGUGGUGCCCAUACUGGAAGUAUUACUGGGGUCUACAUGCAGGGAAUGGUUAUUGAAUUGGAUCAAAAUAUACUGAUAUUGCUCACAGAUCAUCAACUUGCAAUGCCACAUGGUCUGAGAGUCGGUGCAAUUGUAACUGUGAGAAAUUUUCACCUGGAUGAUCCCAAAUUUUUGUGGACAAAAAUUAAAAUAUUUGGAUCAUGCUAUAAAACUAGCAUCCGUGUUAAUAUAUUUUCUCCAAUAGAAAGCGGAUGCUACCAAGCUUUACAAUCUCGAAGUCUUCUUAGGAAGUUUAUUGAAUCACUUGCAUUUUCAGCUAGAUUAUGGGUGUUACUUGUAGUCUCGUCUCUGAAGAAAAAGUUUGCUGGAGUUUUAUCUGAGAUGGAGAUCUUAGGAUCAAAGCAUAUGGAAGGAUUAGUUCAGAAAUAUUCCAGUUCAUGUUUACCCUUAUCAGUAUUCCGAUUCCGGCAUGGAGUGCUCACAGAAUAUUGUCAGCAUGAGUUAUGUGGCUGUGGCAAAGUAUUAGACUACAACCCUCCGAAAUUGGUUGUGCCGAUCUCCAAUCUCAUCAGUCAGUGUGAGAACAAGUUCAUAAAAUUUUUAAAUGCAAGAGUGACAGAUCCUAACAUGAACCAUCAAUAUUGCAAUUUUGUUUGUGGAGGGAAGUCUCAUGAUCAACCAAUUAGGAAAAUUUUGAAAAGCGAAGAUAUGAACGUUGUUUUGCUUGGAACUUUAAAGAUUUCUGAAUACUCAGGAAGGUUGCAAUUAAUUGAUGCAACUGGCAGCAUUGACAUUGUUAUACCUGACCUUCCAUCUGUAUGCAGCAUUAAGGACAUAUAUGAGAUAAACAACUUCAGUGUCGUGAUGGAAGGAUUUCCUAGACAACUGAAGCAUUUGGAAUCACUCGAAGAUGAACCAUUUUCGUGUGGAAACAUUUUUGGUCAUUUUCAAUUAGCAAGGAGAAAAAGGUUUACCAUUUAUAUCUAUUGCUACAUGAGAGAUGCAAAAUCAAGAAAUCAUAUUCUAUGUCCUAGCAUGGAUGGGGAGGAUAAUUUGAAGGAGCUAGAAAGCGGAAGAUUCCACCUGCUUUGGUUGAUGCACAAAUUUCCUGUACAGCAAAAGUUUCCAGGUGAUGAUACAGUUUCAAAUAGUUCAAGCAUAUAUGCUGAGGCCAUAGUUUUGCCCUGGAAUUUAGUUCUUCAUGAAAAAGAGAGAGAUGUGGUUGAAUCAUAUGCUGGAGUAAGUGAUGCUGGAAGUAAUCUAUCCGAGCAUUUGCAAUUUUCAUAUGGUGAUGACCAACAGUCCUAUGACAAAAAAUGGUGUGAUUUAAGUUGUCUACAGGAAUUCCCAUGUACUAUUGACUGUCGAGUUUCUAGUGAUAAGUCUAUGGUCAGCUUAGGUAUCUUCUUAAAUUGCACGGUAGCCAAUAUGCAGGAAGAUUCUUUCUGCAAAAGAGAUGCAAGGAAGUUGCUAUUGGAGUUCAAGUCUGAUAGUUUUUUGAAAUAUGAGUUGCUGAGAAUUGGUGGAUACUACUUGAUAAAGCAUCAUAACAAAGAUAUGGCCUGUACUGCAAAGGACUCUGGCAAUACCUGUGAUGGUAAAGUACUUGUGGAUUCUAAAUCACAUCUCUGGAGUGUCUCUUUCUCUGCUGAUGAGGCUGGUCCCAGCACUGCACAAUCAUGCAUUUGUUCAUACCAUAAUUUAAAUGGUGUUGGCAAAAAGUUCCAAUCCCCAAAUUGUUGUCAAGUUGAAAUUCCUGUACUAAGGUCCACUGAUGGACGCCCUGAGAUAUGUCCAGAUAUUUACUUACAUCUGUCGGCUGACCAUUUAAGUUUCUUAGAGGUCAAACUCAGGAAACUGAAAGAAGAUCUUAUCCAGCCAACUAACUCUAUCAAAGGAUUAUUUAACAAUUCUUGGAUUCAUCGGACCAUGAAGAGUGCAUCAAUGCUAUCCGGGGCCUUUGGUGUAAAUUUGCCUGAGGGGAAUUUAUUAUCUGUGCAAGGACAUGUGGUGGCGGUUCAUAGCUCUGACCAGGGUUCUCUUGUUACCCAUCUAAGCCAUAAAAUUUUCCAUGGGGCUCAUCGUCGUAUCAUUCCUGGAGUAACAAACAGUGUCUGUAUUCAUGUUUUAGUCGACCAUGACAUUGUGAAGAUUUAUAGUGGCUUAAGUGAACAAAGUUAUCCAAUCGGAUUUGGACCAGGCAUCAAAGCCAACUUUCACCGUGUUCUAUUAACAGAUGAAGGGGAUGUGCUUAAGUUGACACCUGCAUCUUUCAUUGAAAUAAACUCCAUAGUCGUUGACGAUGACCUAUGUAGCAACGACUUGGAUGAUACAUCUUCGGUUUUGGAGACGACUUCUUCAUUACCAACUGCUGCUGCAGCCUUAAUUUCUGAAAUAAUGCAGUUUCCAGACCAGAAACAGAUUCGGCUCCAUUGCGAGGUUGUGGCGAUUUAUGUCUUGGUAGUGGAAAAGAGCAACGAGCUCCUACAAUCUUCCACGGUUAAUUCAAAAAUACCUUCAGUGAAAUUUCCACUUGCUGGUUUCAUAAUGGAUGAUGGAUCAUCCUCAUGCUGUUGCUGGAGUGAUAAUGAGAGGGCAUUGACUUUAUUGGGUUUACAUGAAUGGUUGUCACAUAAACAUUUCAGAGGAAGUUUACAUAAAUCAAACAAGGAGAUAGAGAUUCUUCCUUGCAGCUACACACUGUCUCGCAUGAGCAAGAUUUUAGGUCAGCAUGGCACAGUUGUAAUCAAGAACUAUGGAUCUGUAUCUGAUUCUUCAUGUCUAGAUGUUGCACUUUUGGUCAAUUCAGACAGUUUUGUUCGCGAAUCAGAUGAGGAGUUUCUCAAGUCACUAAUACUCCAAGCUUGCUCUAGUAAAACUUGGAAUGUCGUCGGUACUGUGUUGGAUACAAAAGGCGUGGAUCAGUUAGAGGAACGCUUACAAAGGUUGGACAUGAUGAUGCCCCCACUGCAACACAUAUGGAUUUCUGAAGUUUCUCAUUUGGAUACCCUGAAUGAAGGAAGAAGCAUUCUUCAAGAACUCCUAAAAUCCAAAUGACUCCAUUUUGAUGUGGAUGAGGGAGAGGGCAUCAUCAGAAGAUGAUAGGAUGAUAGUGGAUAAGGGAGAGGGCUGUACUAUUGUGUUGUAUAUAGAAGUUGGGAAAACAAAAAAUGCUGAUUCUUCAUAGGCUAA